AUUGUAUCCGUCUGUUCAUUUUGGGGUCGUUAAGUAAUUUCGUCUCGUACGAAUAUAAGUUUUUGGACCACAUAAGCUCUUUAGUAUUGCCUUAAUUAUUCCUAUAUUGAUUAAUAUUACUUUGUUUGCGUUGUCAUAAAAAUCUCAGACUCAAACUCAUUCAACAUUACCUAAUUUUUGAACAGGACCCUUAGUUUGUAAACAACAACACCAAAAAUAAUUUUAAUAAUGUCCAAAAAGCUAAAUUCCGACAUAGAGCAGUUUAUAGACAUAGUUAGAGAAUACCCAAUAAUUUACAGUAAGCAAGGAGCAAUUUCUGGAUCAGUUAAUAAUAAUGAGAAGAACCAAAUUUGGGUAGAAGUAGCAAAAAGAUUAAACGAGGAUGAUCCAGGGAAACUCAAACAGAAAUGGAGAAAUCUAAGAGACAGCUAUCAGAAAGCGAUGAAAUACAAACGAGAUCUAGAAGAAAUUGGUCAAUUAUCAAAAUAUCAUCCUUACAGACACGAACACAAAAUGUCAUUUCUAUUGCCGCAUAUCCUAGCAGAUUUUCCAUCAAAAAGGAAAAGAACCAAAGUGUAUGAUGAGAACGAAGACAGUAAAUCUGAAAAGAUUGAUAAGAAGGAAUCUGUAAUUUAUGCUAUAGAGUCACAGGAAGUAGAAUAUUUGGUAGAGGACAGUGUGUAUGCUGAUAGGAACGAAGACGAUGAGAGAAUAGAAGCAAUAGUUUAUAAAGAUAGCACUGAAGAUGACAUUGAGCAAACUGAUGAAAUAGAAACAGAAUCGAAUAUAUGCUAUGAGGAAGUAGAAAGUUGUCAUGAAUUAAGCAUAACAGAACCUUCAGAAAUGCCUGCAAGAAGCACUUUAGAUGAUAUCGAUGUAUGGCUUUCGUCCAUAAAAGCUUCAAUGCUCAAACUUACAAAAAUCAAUCGAGCACGAGCGAAACGAGACAUAAAUUCAAUUUUAAGUAAUUAUGAGAUUGAGCAGUAUGAAGCAGAAAGUAAUUAAUUAAUUGUACUAUUUUAAUAAUAAUUUAAUUUUAAUAUUGAUUGACCAAAAUCAUAACGAACUUUUAAAAUUCAAAUAUCGUCUUGUCUCGUUAUAAGCUAGUAGCUUAGUAACGAGU